GGUAAGAAAGAGCACAAGUUAUCAGGGCAGCCUGGGAUUCCACGCAAACCGUCAACUACCAUUCCAACUUCCCCGUUUUUCCCAAUUUCGAGUUCUCCUCUCCACGCCACUCUCAAAGGGACCACAAACCAGAACAGGGCAUCCUUUUCCUCUUUAAUGCCCGACAGAACUCUCCGUCGACGGCUUCACGGUGGACGGCGGUUACGGCCGCCCCACCCUUCCCAGUCCCCCAGGCAGCGGACGCCUCCUCCGCAUCGGCGAUCCACCAAACAGUCCAAGCCUCUUAAGAUACUGAAACGAAGUUCUUCAGAGCCCUACCUCUGGAGUGGUGUUAGCGUCGAAGAUCGGCACAGGAGUUUGGAGUCUUCCGGCAUCCUGUUUCGGCCUCAUACUUUCACAGACGUUUUCGCAUCUUCUCAUUCUCUUUCCGGUCUUGCUUCUUCAUCUUCAUCUUCUCAGCUGAGUUUUGAGGGGCCUGGAUAUAAUAAAGAUGCCAAGGUAGUUAUCAAUGUAUCAGUUGAAGGAAGUCCAGGACCAGUCCGGACCAUGGUUAAAUUGGGAUGCACUGUGGAACAGACUAUAAAGCUUGUUGUCAAUAAGUAUGCAGAAGAAGGGCGCUCUCCCAAACUAGAUCACAACUUUACUUUUGAAUUGCAUCAGUCCUACUUUAGCCUCCAAUGUAAGUGAAGGAAAGUCUCAAUCUUUCUAUUGAUUUUGGGUUUUGAAGGUGGUGAAUUUUAUUGAUUCUCGAUCUUCUGUUAUAUAUAUAUAUAUAUAUGGUCGGGUAGGUUUGGAUAAAUCAGAGUUGAUUGGGGAUGCUGUCAGCAGAAGCUUUUAUCUAAGGAAGAGUGACAGUGGUCAUAGUAACAAUGGGGAAUUGAAUUCCUUCAUUAAUUCAGCGAGUGCAAGCUCUCCGGCAGCCAUUCCACCACCGAUAUAUUUUCUCACAACCUUCAUAACUCGGAAGCUCAAUAAAAUAGUAAGAAUGACACGGAGGCUAUGGAAGGUCCUGGUUUGCAGCCAGUGAGGCUUGGAAUUUACAUCAUUCUGCAUAUACCAAUGCCAUUGUUGGAGUGAGCAAUUUAUUAUUAUGCUACUCUAACAGUAAUCCCAAUUAUUGUUAUUUCACAUCAUACAAUGACGGAAAAUGUAAGAUAUUACGUUGAUUAUUUCUAAUUGUUUUCUCAAUUAUUAAGUGAAAAAUGGAAAAGAAUCAUUUAUUAUAAAAUUGUUGUUUAAUU